AGCUGCUGUUUACACGGGCUUUUCAUUCCUGCGCUGUUUGCUUAUGGAAAAUAAGGGGGAGUGACAGAAAAAGGGAGAAAGGGAGAAGGGAAGGGAGGCAGGCCCGGAGCGCAGCGCGGCCCGGGAACCUCGGCGCUGCCUGGUCAUUAACCCCGCCAGGGCCGGGCCUGGCUGCCCGGCCUGUCACGGGCAUGUGAGCGCUGGGGCUGCAGGCGCUGCCUCACGGCCCCUCACGGACCCCGGGCGGCUCUGCGGGCAUUUCCACACACACACACACACACACACACACACACACACACACACACACACACACCUCCGCCUUGACUGCAGACAUGAGGCUCCAGCUGCUGCUUUGGAUCGUGGCCGUGCUCCUGGCGAGCCUCCUCCCAGCCAGCGGACAGCGGCCAGCCAACCUGGCGCUGCGCAGGAAGCUGCACCGGCACGGCUGCUCCCACCGGCGCUGCAUGCCGCUCCACUCCAGGGUGCCCUUCCCCUGAGACCCGCCGGAGCGCGGCCAGCAACUUCAUACCGGACUUUUCAGUGUUUUAAAGGAGCAACAGUUAAACCGAUAAGAGAAGUUUGUCAAAAGUGCAACAGCUGACCUGACAGCCACCAAAGUGCCAUCUUCCACAGUCCUGUCUGUCACAUUCCACUAGACCUGGACUAAAGGCCCCUGUCUCACACCCUAAGAAGUGGUGGAGGGGGGGAAGUGUGGUGAUGGGGGAUGUACAUGAACUUUCCUGAUGGAAUCAUUCCCUGUAAAUGAUUUGGCUCUCACAAUAACUAGUGAAAGUUAAAGAUCAAAUCAAACACCAGGCAGAUUGUGAUCUGAGCUAGAUUUCCAGUGGCAGAAAAAGGAAGGAUCAGUGCAAGGCCACUCUUGGUGAUACAUAAUAUUCAGACUGAGUGAAAUUGAAAGUGCUGUUGACUACUCAGUUCGGGCUGUGUUUAGGAUGAAAUAGUAUCAGACUCGAGUAUGGAAUUCUGAAAGUCCAUUUUUUGUUUAUACUUUUAUAUAUUAAUAAUAUAUACAUACAUGCUUUAGCAUCUAACAUUACAUUUUUAUUAAUUACCUUAAUAAUAAAAUAGAAUGCAUUACUGUAAUUGCACCAAAGCCAGCACCACACUAGUGGUCCCACUGGCUUCAUGUAUAGAAAGCAAAGUAAGAGUUUACAAUAUAAGAAAGCAAAGAGAGUCUUAUCCCUCAUUCUAUAGAUAGAGAAUUGAAGCACACAGAGAUAAGAGAUUAGCCAAGGGUCAUGCAAAACUGAUAACUCAGAUCUCUCAAGCCAGGCCUUAAGGUCAAGCCCAUCCUCCUGUCUAAUGAGCUGUUACUGCAAAGCCUAUCAUUUGUUUUCUUAAAGUGGGCUGCCAAACCAGACAGUUUAAACAUGCUUGAAAAUUCAGUACUAUAGAGCUAUUUGCUUAAUAGUAGUUUUCCUAAAAUACCAGCUACAGUAUUAUAAAUAGAGCAUAAAAAUAGACCAUUGAAAAGAAUCCUUUGUUUUGUCAGCCCUAGUGUUGCAUAGCACUCUAUUCCUGUAAUUUAAAUGAAUGGGAUAUUUGAACAUUGCACUACAAUGAAUGAUGACUUCAAACAGAAAACAGGCUGUUCUUUUCAGCACUGGAGGUCAAGAAUACAUUGAGCUUUUAGUCUGAGUUUUGGUCUUAAAAAAUACAUGCUUCACAUCUGCCUUCUAUAUCAGCAGAAGUUACCUACCUGCAUAUAAAGGAAAACGUGGUAGCCCUUUCAUUAGCAUAACUGAAACAACCUGAAAAUAAAACAUACCCAGAGUUUUAAGUCAUUGCACUAGACUUGAAAUGCCAACAUUUUUUACAAAAUAUAUAAAGACGGUCAAAGAUCAGAAGUGUCAUGGUUUAAAUCUGGUAUUACUAUUUUUUUCUUACAACACAUAGUAUCUAAUAAUUGAAAAAACAGCAAUCAAACAAGCUGGAUAGCUGAAACUUUCUAAUCGGUGUGCAUAUAUCUUAUCUCUAAGAACUUGAAACUUUACUUGAAUUAAUACUGGCAGAGUUUAAUAGGAGUUACAAAUUUCUCUCUAUGAAAAAAAAUUAAAAUGUAACUUCAGACCCAGUCUGGAGUUGUGUAAAACCAUCACUAAAAGAUGGUCAAACUUAUCUAAAACAACAAGCAGUCCUGCAGGUAAACCUUUGGAGUCUUGAAAAAAAAAGCAGUUUUCCAAAAAGGCAUUCCACCACUUAUAUGGUUUUAAAAUUAUUCAUUUUAACUUGGCUUUGAUAUGUAUCCUUGGCUAAUUGUGUUUAGAACUACAGGUAAAGAGUGUGGGAAAGCAAGAAAGGUGAAGAGUAGCUAUUUUACAGUUAUGUCUUAUGAAUGAGUAUAUGGAUCUAUUGUGGCACUGGAUCUUUUAUAUAACCACAAUCAUUCAAUUAACUUUGAUAAAAUGGUAAAAAAUACAUAAUGUAUCUUAUCAAAAAGCUAUAAAUGCAUAGCCCUUCACAGAAGUAAAAAUAAAACAGCACCCUAGGAAGCCCACUGUCAGUCUACAAAAUUAUUCUAAGUAUCUGUUCUUUAAAGGCAUUCUGAUACUAUCAAAUCUGCUUUGAAAAAGGAAUUAAUUCUGAGCUUCAAUAGAUAUGUUUAUCAACUAGCUGGUUGAUUGUAUAUUUUGUAAAAAGAUAGUAUGCAUUUCAAAUAUCUUAUUUGAAAUAAAUUUUGUACACUC